AUGUCGGUACAUGGGUUCAUGGGGACUGUCUUCUCGGUCUCGUUGACGAAGUUCCGAUUCUCGGCGACGAGCCUCGUCAUCUCGGCGGCGGGCAUCGUCUUCUCGGCGGCGAGCCUCGGCCUCCCUAUCAAGGCGUUCCCUCCACAUUCCCUCAACCUCAGCCUGUAUCCUGCUUUCCUGUUCCCGAAUGGUUCUCUGUCUUGCCAUUUCAUCUUCGACGGCUCUCCUGGCCACAUCAUCGUCAUGCUGGCGCUGGACUUCCCUUUUGCGUGCGUCCGCGUCUCUUCUGUCUUGUUCCUGCCUCAGGCGCUGAUCAACUUCACGGUCUAUCUUGUUCUGGAGCUCCUGAUCUUCUCUUUCUCUCCUCUCUCGAUCCUCGAUUACGCCCCGUCUCACCUGGUCCCUGCUCUGUUCUCCAACUCGCCUCUGCUCUUCAAUUCGCCUCAUCUCUUCAACUCUCCUCUGCUCUUCCCUCCUCUGCUCUUCUCUAUUCUGCUCUUCUCUCCUUUGCAGUUCUCUGCUCCGCUCUUCUCUCCUCCGUAUCUCUUCCAUUCGCCUCUGCUCUUCAAACAUUACUUGCCUAUCUCUCCUCUCAAUCUCUUCCCUUUUUUGUUGUAA